UAUUACAAUCAGUCGCCAAGCAGUCUAGGACGAGCGCGAAUACUAUCAUCAUCAUCUCCCAUCAUGAUUCCUCGUCGUCUACUUGAACUAAGUGCCGGAUAUAAUUCGCCAAAAAUGGCCGGAUUCCUCACGUGUGGUCCCAACGAACUGCUUGUCGUAUCAGGAUAUGGGAAAAAGAAACCCGUUAUGAUCAAUGGAGGAAGAGUGUUCUAUUGUCCUGGUUUACAAACGUGCAGCAGAAUCUCACUCAACGUCAUGACAAUAACGAUCCCCACGCCUGACGUAUACACUGCACAGGGCGUCCUCAUCUCUGUGACGGGCAUUACUCAGGUCAAAAUUAGCACGCAGAGCAAAGAGCUCCUUGAACGCGCGUGUUGCAACUUCUUGAGCAAAAGCAAGAUGGCAGUCAUAAAGCUGAUCCAAGAAACUCUGGAGGGUCACCAGAGGAGCGCCGUGAGCUUGACAACCGUUGAGGAUAUUUACAGAGACAGGCAGGCCUUCAACACUCGCAUGAUCGAAAGUGCAUCAGAUGACAUGGUUAACCUCGGGGUAGAGAUCUUGUCCUACACCAUCCACGAAGUCUGCGACAAUCUGGGCUAUUUGUCAUCUCUGGGCAAGUCACGGAUAGCGGAGAUUCACAGGGAUGCCCGCAUAGGAGAAGCCCUGGCCAGAAGAGAUGCACAAAUUGUGCAGUCGCUGGCCCGAGAGAAGCUCAUCGAAGCCAAGCUCACCAACAAGACACUCAUGGCGCAAGCCGAGAUGGACUUCCUGUGCAAGAAGGAAGAUUAUGAGAAGGAGGUCUAUCCUCAGAGAGCCAUGGCACAGAAUGCCUACGAUCUUCAGGCUGCCAAAGCAAAGCAAGAGAAUAUGAACGAAAAGAUGGAGAUUGAGGUUAUCGACAGGAGGAAAAGGGUCACAUUGGAGGAACAGGAAACCUUGCGCAGAGAGAAGCAACUGCAGUCCACAGUCAAGCAGGUAGCAGAUGCAGAAAAGUACAAAACGGAAACAUUGGCUGCAGCCGAGAAGCAGAAAACGAUCCUGGAAGCCGAAGCGGAAGCUGAUGGCCAUCAGGCUAAGGGGCGAGGCCGAGGCCUUCCUCGUGCAGAAGAGAGCCGAGGCUGAAGCCUACGUCAUGCACAGGAAAGCCGAAGCUUGGGACGAGUACAGAAAGGCAGCCAUGCUUGGCAUGUACCUCGACACGCUGCCUGAGCUCGUGAGGCAAGUAGGCUCCAACCUCUCCAAAGUGAAAUCGGUGAAGAUGGUCUCCACGGGCGACUCAGCCGUGGGCGCCGUCAAACUGACCAACGAGGUCAUAGACGUGGCAUCCAGCAUACCAAGCUUGGUCAGGGGUAUGACGGGCAUCGACCUGCUGAAGAUAAUGAAAGAAACUCCUACCCAAUGAAGAAAAUCAUGGCGGCAAGACAAAUAUGGUAAAAGGUACAAUGAUGUAGGUAAAAAUGACGAGAUUAAACAGCUGGAACCAUUAAACUGUCAUGAAAGAAUCAAACUAUAGACCCGUAAGUCUAUCUUCUUAACGAGUCUACGACCCUUAAUCAGUAAUAUAAGCCAAUUGUGGAAAGUCAAGGUCGACUUAUGUUUAUCACAACGAGUUCCUAAUUAAUAUAUUUCUGUUAUAUAUAAAAGUUCAGCAAAUUCUAUAUGAUAUAUUGUCUACAGGCAUUAAAUAUGGAAUAAGUUACUAAAUAUAAUUUUAGGCUAUAUGGAACAAUAAAUAUAUAAAUAAAAACACCACCACCGAUUGAUUUGGCAUCAUUUAAAAUAAAUUGAGCACCUCAAUGGAGACAUUUCCAUCUUACAACUGGUUAUAUACACUUGUUUUUAUUAAACCAUUAUAUGGCACUAGAUGAAUAACCUUCAAAUAAAAACCUAAUCCAGGAAUGAUGAGUGCAGCUCUCUCUCUCUCUCUUUCUUAAUGGAGUCUCAGAUAAAUCCUGAUCAUCAAUAUAUAUUUUAAGAAGAACAAUAACCCUUCAGAACGUCCCCAGAAAACAAAGAACUAUACAGGCCUAAAGGAACUUAAAAGAAUACAGGCUUAAUUGACCCUAAACGAAUAGGCCUACAGGAACUUUGAGUUAUAUAGGCCUCUUCGUUAGCUAACAUUUUCAUAGCAGAUCCAAAAAAGAAUAUAGGAUUUGUUGGUUAAUAAACAUUCACAACAGAACCAAAUGGAAUAUAGGCCUAUCUCAUUAGCAAAUUAAAUUAAUUGCCGAAGCUAAUGGCAUAUAGGACUAUUUUUUUUUUUAGUUAAUAAGCAUUCAUAACAGAACCAAAUGGAAUAUAGGCCUAUCUCUUUAGCUAACUUUAUAAAAUAAUCGCGGAACCUAAUGGCGUAUAGACCUAUUUCUUAAAUUAAGCAUUCACAGAGUAACCAAAAGAUUUAUAGGCCUAUCACGUUAAAUAAUAAAAAUUCACGGCGGAACCUAAAGGAAUAUAAUUAGGACUAUCUGUUAAUAAACGUUAAUUUUAAACAUUUAAAAUAUCCGGCUUCCAUUAUUAAUAUAUAAACCUGAACGAAAAUGACCAUAUAAUUAGAGACCUGUCAAUUCAAAAACUAACAUCUGGUAUCUUAUCCUUGUCAUCAAUAGGAGGGCGAAGACGUCUGUUAAUUCACAAAUAUUAAAUUUAUUAUUUUAUUUUCACCAUAAAAAAGUCUUUUAACCGGACGAUGGGAAAAGGGCGAACUUAUAUUCUACCGGUUCUUUCUGUUUGAAUUCUCCUUCGUCUCGAUGACUGACAAAUUAAAUUAGUCUUUACGUAGUUAAUAUAAUAAAAAAAAAAAAAAAAAAAAAAAAAAAAAAACUAGAGGCCAAACAUGAUUUCCUGUAGAGGAAACCACUCACAUUGAUUAUAUAAGCAUAAUAAUGAUACGUGGUUUUAAUAUCAAAUCAAUUUUAAAAAAUUAAAACGAUAAUAUAGCGUGAUCUUGGUUUAUCCCAUACCAAGCGAAUUAGAUAGUUAAACCACCGUUUCGCUAAUUUCACCGCUAAAGAUAAUAUUUAAGAGGAGUUACGAAUUGACAAUUUAUUUGCCUUCCUUAAUAGGAAGUAAUAACAUUUAUUUUACCGUUAAAACCCUUUUGAUUGAACAAUAAAUUACAUUAAAAUUCAAGAACUUUGUCAGUGUUGCAAACACUGAACCUGGUUUAUAAAGCAGAUAACUUAUUUAUUUCCUGACAAUAUUACUUAUCAAAUACAUAUCAUAAAGGAAUGAGGACGACCUUGAAACAAUGUAAAAAGGUUACCAUUCAAUUAAUGAUUUUAAAUAAAUUUAAAUAAUUUACACAUACAUUAUAAACGUAUUAAUUUAUAUUUUGAUGACGCUCCCUGAUCAUGAA